CACGGUUUGCUUGAAAUAUUCACAAGAGUUCAAUAUUUAAUACGUUAUCGAACUAUUUUUAACCACUUUGCCUUCCGAUAUCCCUUUACGCAACGUUCGGAAUUUACGUUUCUUAGAGAAUGUAAUCGAUAGAAACUAAGACAGUAGUUUCCUUUUACAAAAAUAACAGGCCUGUGAAUCAUAACAUAACAUAGAACGAUAAAUUUAACACUGCUCUAUUUAAACUCUAAAGAUAAACAACUGACCAGCAAGCCAGGUGCUUUAUGUGGGCAUGUGUGCCCCCUCCAAUCCUCUUCAGCUAAGAUCAAUAAUCCUAACUGAAGGGAGACAGUGGUUGUAUUCAGUGAGAAGGGGUGCGUGAAUCGAGUCAUUCUAUAGGUAAAGCCUGUUGCUGCUACCACAUUUCACAAGUUCGCAGAACGUGCUACAUUAAAUGCUACAUUAACUGUCUAUCAUAAGACUGACUGCCAAUUACUAGAUUCAGUGAUGUGCUGUGGACAUAUCGAGGGAUUAUGGAUGGGCUGGAUAAUUGGACUCAUGGUAUAAACGUAACAACCCCAGUAUCUGUCCCAGGGCAGAACUGUGUAUCAUCAAAUUCAUCAAACUCUGCGUUCCUAGACAAAUCACUGGUCACUGCACCGUCGUGGAGUGCGAUACAACAAGACAUAAGAUGGGCGUUUCUACUACAUGCAUACAGCUUUGCAUGCCUCUUCUUUGUACUAGGGUUUUACACAUUCUUCUCUAUUCUAAAUUUAAGAUCUCUCAUAUCAACCAGGCCGUUUAUGACCACGAUUAAUAUAUUCUUAUGUUUACUCGGGGCAUCGAGAGCCGCUUCCUUGUUCAUAGACGCGUACAAUCUUAAGGAAAUUCUGCCCAAAGUUAUUGGCUCAAUUAUAUGGGACAUUGGAUAUCCAUGCAUUACGUCUGCCUUUUGUCUGAUACAACUGGCUUUCCUGCAACUGACGAAGCUGAAAUUUGGUCCAGAGAAGAUACAGAAGGAAUCCUGCCUCAGCCUCAUUAUAACAGCACACUUCUUCUUCAUAAUCGCCAGCGAUAUUGUUCUGUCCUCCCACAAUUGCUACAUGGCAAAAUACAUGGUCCAAGCGGCAUUUCUCGUCUGGAGUAUUCUUUUGUACCUCGCAUUCCUACACGCGGCUCACAAAGUUGAUCAUUUGCUCCAAACUAUGCCAAGUAGCAUGUUGACGCGGGACAAUUCCAAUGCACAUCAGAAAGGUAUCAUGCAACUCGCGAUGUUGGCACCGUAUAGCAAUCUGGCGACUUCGGUCGCUGCCGCGCUGGUACCUACUUUACUUGGCCCAGUUAAGAUGAAGAAUCCGGAAGAAAGUGCGCCUGUAAACGUGAAUAAAAGUGCAGAGGAAGCACCCGUGGAAGGAGAGUCGCGAGUCACAAUUAUCGCUAAGGUAUGCAAGAUAGAGGGACCAGCGCAAAAGGAAGUACAGAAUGCUACGAUACCUACGUGCACCGCACAAUCACCGUUGCAGGAACACAAGUCCUCAGUACCAGAAGUCUACGUUAGACCACCCACCCCUACUCCGUCGACCGCUAAUCUGCCGAUUAUAACCGUGUCCAGCCCGAGUCGUAGAAGCUCCAUGGCCUCCAUGGCCAGCCGACGAGGCAGCGACACGUCCACCAAAUCCUCGCGCAGAAAUUCGGAAUGUAGCGUUCGAUUUGUAAACGAGGACGAUGCGACGGAAUGCAAACGUACGACGGAAGGUAGUCCCAGAUCCUUGCCGAGGAUGCGAGAGGAGUUUGAGAGGAGUCGCUCACCUGAGAGCCCACGACGAUACUCGGAGAAUAUCACGCCGACAGGCAGCACUCGGGAACUGAGACGAUGUUCCGACUUUACUCACGAGAAGAAUCGUGGCUCGCAAUUCGCAACCAAGCUCAGGAGGAAUAGCGAUUUCGGUAACAGAACGCCCAAAAGAAUGUUGCCGCCUGACGAAUAUCCUAGAUUACCCAAAGUUCUUGAUCUUAGCCCCACAGAAUCAAGGCGCAAUUCCGAUAUUGGUACUUUCAUCCCGUCACCCAGACCCGAUUCGCGUAGAAAUUCUGAGAGUUCCUAUCGACGCAAUUCCGAGUUCGUUCAUAUUAAGCCGUUAAUGAUAAAUCGUCGUAGCAGCGAUAUCAGUAUCAGAACUCUAGACAGGAGUCCCACACACUUUCAGAGUAUAGUACCUAUUAAGCCGGAGGUGCAGGAGAAAUCUGAAUCAGAUUCAGAUCAUCCUGAUUGCAGCGAGAAAGCGGCACUGAUGACUGAAAAGUCAAAGAGCAAAGACGAAGAGCCGAAAGUGCGCAAAAAGAAUUUGUCAUGGAACGACAAAAAUAUUGAAGACCCAGAGGAUAUCACGCCGGAGACUAACUUGCUUCCCGAAAAUACGCCUGUUGAAGCAAGAAUUAUGGGCACGGACUUCACCCUUCAUUCGAUACUGAAUCACAUCGCGUACGUGAAUCGAGCGAAAUCCGAUACACCGCUGCAUAUACCGGAAGCGGAUACCGCAAUUGCCAGGAAAUCUCAGAUGCAAAAAGUAUUAAAUGUUACGCGCGCUACUGCAAUUUUAGGGAUCCUCCUAUGCGUCACGGAUGCCUUUCGUAUUUUUGGACCAUAUGGACUCGUUGCUGAAACUGUACCAUACGGUACGGAACCAGAACCGACGCAGUUUCCCAAGCCGCGGCCGUGGCUGCUGUAUCAAACGAUACUCAGGAUAUUUGAAUUUGUGAUGGGCUGCGCCAUGGCGAAUAUAACUAAACAGCCAUCAGUAAGUCCGCGACAUCAGUAUCUGAGUAAUUAUCCUAAUUAUUCCCCGCGCGUAAAUCGAGGUAAUAAUCCUUAUAUAUAAAGCAAUAGUUUAUCUAAGCGUAAUUAUAAUCCAAAAACCAAGAUGCCAAAUGAAAAUUUUUCUUAAUUUUUUAAAUGAAAUCUUGAUAUUACUCUUUCAAGACUAAUGUCUUUUAUAAUGACUCUGUGAUUAUUUUCAUUAAUCGAUUUUACAAACGUAUACAUAUAUGACUCUCAGUAUUUUUUCGACAAUUUAUGUUUGUUGCUUUCUUCAAUGCUCGUAAAAAUUUAUUUUUAUUGAAAAAAGGAAUUAUACAAAAUUAAAUACUUAUUUAAUAUAGUUAAUUAAAUAUGUAGUUUUAAUCAUGAAUUGAUAACAAUUUCUAUCGAAAAUGCAUGCAGUGCGAAGGCAUCGUAAUAUCCAAUUUUUUUUUAAGUUGAAAUUUUUAACAUUCAAAAAAGUAAUUUAAAACAGAUUUAAAAACAAAUUAAAAUAGAUUUAAAAAUUUUAAUAAUUUUUAAAAUUGCAAUUCUUGGAGUUUUAUACAACUUCCUAUCUGCUCAUAUUCUCCUAAUAUCGAUAAUUUUUAUUAUCGAUUUUUGAGAUUUAAAAUUUCUGAUGUUUAAAACCUUAAAUUAAUAAUUUCAAGAAUUUUUGGAAAUUUUAUUCUCGGAAUUUUAAUGCGACUUUUUUGUUGAUUAUGUAUUCUCACUCAAUUUUUGAAGAAUCGAAAUUUUUGUCGGUGGCUGAUGUAAAUAACUAAAGUUACCGACGCAUUCGACGGUCGGUAAAGUUACAACCUAUUUUUUCGACUAUACUAAUUUUUGACAUUAUUUAACAAUUCUACCGACAUCAAUUUUUUUAUUUUUAAAAAAUCAAGAAAGUAUCAGAAGAACAUAAUCAGUCAAGAGGUAGCGGUAAUUAAAAUUCUAAGACUGAAGAAUUUUGGGGAACUCGAACCGCGAAAAAUUAAAAUUUCAAAAAUUGACAAAACAUUACGAGAAUAUAACCAGAUAGAAGAUUGUGCACUAGUACGUGAUAAAAAUAAGAAAGACGGAGUCUCAAAACAUUUGGCUAUAUACGAAAACAUAGCAAUAGACGAGCAUAACAUUCUAAACAUGAAAUAAGUGUUUAGACAGCAUCUAAUAACAAAUGCAAUAGUCACGUAGCAUUUUCUAAAAAUCACUUUUUAUGCCAAGUGUUCAUUCGAAGCACAUAC